UGCUCUUUGGACCAGAGGGAGCCCUGCUGGUCUCCUGCCGCCCUCGCUGCACCGCACGUGGAGGACAAGUGGGAGAGGAGGAGGAGGAGGAGACCAGUCUGUCCUCAUUCCCACACAGGAGAGAGAAGGAAGACAGAGCGGAGAAAGUGAGGAGUGCGUCUGUUGGAGAUGCAGAGCGAGAAUAACAAAAGUGAAAUGAGGGAAAGGCAUGAGGGAAGGCAGAGGGAGGAGGAGGAGGAGGAGAAGAGAGGAGGGUGGCACAGCGAAUGAGAGAGCAGGAGGUAGGGGGUAACACUGCAGACGCUGUCACUGCUCCGCAGCCAGAGGACAGAGGCAGCAGCGUCGAGGCGAUGGAGGAGGACGGCUGUGCCAUCCGUCGGCAGCUCCGUCCCCAUCACUGACUGCCUCCCUCCAGGACCGUCCGGCCAGGUUUGGAGCCAAACCCGCCAGGAGGAGGCAGCUCCUCCUCCUCCUCCUCCUCCGUCUUUAACAAGUUCUGCACCUGAACUCCUGUAGGAUCCACCGCCGUCCCCCCGUCACCUUUGGGGUUUUCUUGGUCCGUUUUUUGGAGCCUUCUCCACCUCUCGAGGCUGAGUGGAUUUACUUUUCUCCUUCAGAGGACCAUGGGGCUGGGGGGCGCAGGAGGGACGCUGUGGAGACGCACAGAGGAGAGCUGGUACCUUCUGGUGACAUUGCUUCUGUGGUGUGGUUUCUGGAGAGCUCACACACAGACAGACGAUGGGAAGUCCGUCUACUUUUGGGAAACAGGUCCGUGGGGGCGGUGCAUGGGCAGCGACUGUGGCCCCGGGGGCAGCCAAAGCCGGGCCGUGUGGUGCGCCCACGUGGACGGCUGGACCACGCUCCACACCAACUGCGACCAGAACCUGCGGCCGUCCAACCAGAGGAACUGCUUCCGGGUGUGCGACUGGCACAAGGAUCUGUACGACUGGAAGCUGGGCGCCUGGAACGCGUGCGUUCCGGUGUCGUCCCGGACGUUUGGAGCUGCGAGGCAGCUCCCCUGCAGCGGGGGGGAGGAGGGCAUUCAGACACGGGAGGUGGGCUGCAUCCUCAAGGCUGAUGGCUUGCCAGCAGACGAUGCCAUCUGUGAGUACUUUGAGCCCAAGCCCCGCCUGGAGCAGGCCUGCUUGAUCCCGUGCCCUCAGGACUGCGUCGUUUCGGAGUACUCGCCUUGGACGUCCUGCUCCAAAACGUGCGGGACGGGCCUCAGGAACAGGGUACGCAGCGUUCUGGUUCCUCCGCUUUUUGGAGGCGGUUUGUGUCCCAACCUCACCGAAUUCCUGUCAUGCAAACCCGGACCUUGCAAGGGCCCGGAGGGCCUGUACAGCCUCAGGGUGGGGCCCUGGAGCCCCUGUGCCCUCCCGGGGUCCCGGACUGCGCGGCAAGCCAAACGCAGAAAGGGCAAGGGUCAGGGGCUGCGAGAGCGAGGAGGGGUGAAAGACCCCGAGACCAGGGAGCUAAUCCAGAAGAAACGGACCAGGAACCGCCUUAAUCGUCAAGACAGUCCCUUCUGGGACAUUCAGGUGGGCUACCAGACCCGGGAGGUGACCUGCAUUCAUCGGAACGGGAGCACAGUUGCACGCAACCUGUGCGGGCCCAGAGACCAGCCUCUGAUCAUCCAGUCCUGCAUCCUUCCAAAAGACUGCCGGGUGACGGAGUGGGCCGAGUGGAGCUCCUGCUCAAAGACCUGCGUGGACCCGGAGUCUCCCAGGGGCAACCGCACCCGCAGGAGGCAGGUGCUCCAGUUCUCCGUGGGUGAGGAGGCGCCAUGCCCCCCGCUGGAGGAGACCCAACCCUGUGAGCCUCAGGGAGGCGGCGUCCCACCCUGCACCACUUACACGUGGAGAACCACCGAGUGGACCGACUGCCGGGUCGACUUGCUGCUGAGCCAGCAGGACCGGAGGCGGGGCAACUUGACGGGGCUUUGUGGAGGGGGUCUGCAGACGAGGGAGGUGUACUGUGUCCAGGCCAACGCCGAGGUGCUGAAAUACCUCAACGACCUGCGUGAGAAAGAGAAAGCAGGUCAAACCCAAAGACCGCAGAAGCCUAGUGUCCCCCCCCUCAUCUCCGUCACCUUCCAGAUCUCAGCCUCCCCCCCGGUGGAGAACAGGCUGUGCCAGGGCCCGAUCCCCAACAGAUCCCAGCUGUGCCAGAUCCCCUGUCCCGUCGACUGCGAGGUGUCGCCGUGGGGGGCCUGGGGGCCCUGCACCUUUGAGAACUGCGAUGACCAGACCGGAAAGAAAGGGUUCAAACUGAGGAGACGCCGGAUCAGCAACGAGCCCACGGGGGGCCCGGGCAGCUGCCCCCACCUGGUGGAGGCGGUGCCGUGUGACGAGCCCGCCUGUUACGGCUGGCAGCUGGCCAGUCUGGAUGAAUGUUUACCCGCCGACGGGCAGCAGUGCGGCUCCGGCGCCCGGCAGCCGCAGGUCCGGUGCAUCAACAGCAGCGGUGAGUUGGUGGACAGAACCCUCUGCUCAGCUUUCCCGCCUCCAGCGUCUGUCGCUUGCGAUGUGCCUUGCUCCAGAGACUGCGUGCUCAGUGACUGGACGUCGUGGUCCAGCUGCUCCCAGACGUGCUCCAGCAAGACCAUCGAGGGGAAGCAGAUGAGAACCCGCUCCAUCCUGGCCUAUAACGCCGGAGAAGGCGGCGCCCUGUGCCCGAACAGCAGCGCCCUUCAGGAGGUCCGUAACUGCAACGAGCACGCCUGUACGGUGUACCACUGGCAGACGGGGCCCUGGGGCCCCUGCACCGAGGACCCGUCCUCGCCGUCGUUCAACGCCUCGGCUGUGGUCCGCAGCAGCAGCAGCAGUCAGGGCCCGUGUUCCCUGGGAAUGCAGACCCGCAAGGUCAUCUGUGUCCGGGUCAACGUGGGGCAGGUUCCUCCCAAGAAGUGUCCCGACGGCCCCCGCCCCACCACCAUGCGCCCGUGCCAGCUGCCCUGUAAGAAGGACUGCAUCGUGACCCCGUUCAGCGACUGGACAGAGUGUCCUCUGAUCUGUGACGCAGCAGGUAAUGCAGUCAAGAAGAAGCAAUCCAGGAAGCGUCUUAUCAUCCAGAUGCCCUCCAACGGAGGACAAGAGUGUCCAGAGGUGUUAGAGGAGGAGAGGGACUGUGAGGCCCCCAGGAGCUGUCCAGGUUUCAGGUGGAAAACCCACAAAUGGAGGAAAUGCCAGCUGGUGCCAUGGAGCCUGAGGAAGGAGAAUCCAGGUGCUCAAGAGAACUGUGGGUCUGGACUCCAAACCAGAGCGAUGUCCUGCCGCCAGCUGGACGGGACGCAGGGCGACAUCAGCGAGUGCCUGAAGUUCGCUAAGGUCAUGCCCCCCAUCACCCAGCGCUGUCAGCUCCCCUGCCAGGACGACUGCCAGCUGACCAACUGGUCCAAGUUCUCGUCCUGCACCGCGGACUGCGUGGGGGUCCGCAGCAGAAAGAGGGCGUUGAUAGGGAGAAGCAAAAAGAAAGACAAGUGCAAGAACACCCAGAUGUACCCUCUGAGCGAGACGCAGUACUGCCCCUGCGACAAGUACAACGCCCAGCCGGUGGGACGGUGGUCGGACUGCAUCCUGCCCGAUGGCGCCCGGGCCGAGAGCCCUCUGGGGUUGAAGGUGCAGGGAGACGUCAAGGAGUGCGGUCAGGGUUACCGCUACCAGGCCAUGGCGUGCUACGACCAGGACAGCCGGCUGGUGGAGACGUCACGCUGCAACAGUCACGGUUACAUCGAGGAGGCGUGCAUCAUUCCCUGUCCCUCCGACUGUAAACUCAGCGAGUGGUCCAACUGGUCGCGCUGCAGCAAGUCCUGCGGAAGUGGGGUCAAAGUUCGCUCCAAAUGGCUUCGAGAGAAGCCGUACAACGGAGGCCGGCCGUGUCCCAAACUGGACCACAUCAACCAGGCCCAGGUGUACGAGGUGGUGCCGUGUCAGAGCGACUGUAACCAGUAUGUCUGGGUCGCCGAGCCCUGGAGUGUUUGGAAAGUCAGCAAUGUUGACCUGAAGGAGAACUGCGGGGAAGGCGUUCAGACCAGAAAAGUCAGAUGCAUGCUCAACACGGUCGACGGCCCCUCUGAGGGGGUGGAGGACUAUCUCUGUGACCCGGAGGAGAUGCCGCUGGGGGCCAGGGAGAGCCGGCUCCCCUGCCCUGAAGACUGCGUCCUCAACGACUGGGGCCCCUGGAGCCGCUGCAGCCUGCCCUGCACCAGAACCAACAGUCGAGUCCGGACGGCGUACGUCAUUCGGUCCCCCAGCGCGGGGCGGGAGUGUCCCGACACGACGGACAAAGAAGCCUGCAGCCUGAACCUGAACUGCUUCAACUACUUCUACAACAUCACAGACUGGAGUACUUGUCAGCUGAGUCCCAACGCCGUGUGUGGGCGGGGCAUCAAGACGCGGAUGCUGGACUGCGUUCGCAGCGACGGGAAAUCGGUGGACAUGAAGUUCUGCGAGGAGCUGAACUUGGAGAGGAAGUGGCAGAUGAACGCGUCCUGCGUGGUGGAGUGUCCCGUCAACUGUCAGAUGUCCGAGUGGUCGCCCUGGUCGGACUGUUCGCAGACCUGCGGGCUUGAGGGAAAGAUGCGGCGGCAGCGCCUGGUGGUUCAGGCGUCGCAGGGCGACGGCCGGCCCUGUCCCUCCCAGGUGGAGCAGUGGAAGCCCUGUCCUGUGCGGCCCUGCUUCCGCUGGCAGUACGGCGCCUGGUCCGAGUGUCGGGUGGAGAGCGUGGUGUGUGGAGAAGGCGUGCGCUACAGGAACCUGUCCUGCUUCGUGUCGGACGGAUCCGCAGACGGAGACUUCAUCAUGGUGGACGAGGAGCUGUGCAGCGACCUGGAGCUGGCCGUCAACGGAGACGAGCAGAUCCACCUGAAGGAGCCCUGCACCCUUCCGUGUCCGGGUGAGUGUUACCUGAUGGAGUGGUCGGACUGGAGCUCCUGUGUCAACAUCUGCGUCAAAGAGGCCGGGGUGGACUUCGGCUCGGUCCAGGUCCGCUCUCGAGCCGUGCUGGCCCAGGAGCCCGAGAACCUGCAGCUCUGCCCGGAUCAGGUGUGGGAGUCCAAACCCUGCACAGGGGGCGAAUGCUACCAGUACAAGUGGUUCGGCAGCGCCGACUCCCCCGGCGCCUGGUGCCAGCGCUCAGACGGACUCAACGUCACGGGUGGAUGUACCGCCGCCAGUCCUCCGGUGGACAACAGCUCCUGCGACCCUCCGUGUCUGAUGCCCAAGUCUUUCUGCAGUGAGGCGGGUGUCUGCAUGUGCGAGGAGGGCUUCACGGAGGUGCUGUCCCCGACGGGACAGCUGAGGGAGUGCGCCCCCAUCCCCGUCCUGGAGAUCCCCACCGCCGGAGACAAGAAGGGGGACGUGAAGACCAGCCGAGCCGUGAACCCCACCCUGCCCAGCACCCUCCAGCCGGGACGCAGCGGCCGGACCUGGUACCUCCAGCCCUACGGUCCAGACGGGAAGCUGAAGAUGUGGGUGUACGGGGUCGCGGCCGGGGCCUUCGUGCUCCUCAUAUUCAUAGUGUCUAUGAUAUACCUAGCCUGCAAAAAGCCAAAGAGACCUCAGAGACAGAGGCAGCAGAACAACCGACUGAAACCUCUGACCCUGGCCUACGACGGAGACACGGACAUGUAGCGGUCGCAGCCCUCCGCCCGCUUCACGCCGGCGCCUGGGACGUUUGCAGCGUGAACGGACUCGGCGGUGGCGGGAAAUCCUCUCAGCUGAGGCGCCUGAGCUCACUUCACUACUCUGUUUUGGUCUUAUUCUGGCGGGGUCUUCCUGACCUCCACACAGCUCAAUGCCUUUUUUCUUUUUUUUUUUGCCCUUGAAGCCUGGGUGAAGCAGGCGGAUGCAGCUGGUGUUUUUUCCAGCUCCCCCCGUCCCCCCACCCCAACACACAUGCUUCUCUGCUGAAAACGCUGAGUAGCUGGAGGCUUAGGAUGCUCUGACGAUUUGUAUGUUGCCAAAAGUCACCGCAGGGAAGAGGAGGAGGAAAAUCUCCUUGAAAAGGUUUGGAUUCUUUCAAUCCUCAUUUGGGUUUCUACUCAAAGCUCUUUUUCGGUCGGGAGGGGUUCCUCUCCUUUCAUUCUGCCUGAUUCAGAGUUCUGUUUUUGUGGGAUAAACCGAUUGGAGGGAUGUCGAAGGAGGACAGCCGCCGCCGCCGCCGCCGCCUGUUGGCCUCCACCCUGCUUCCUUUCAGGCUCUACUUUGCACUAUAUUAGUGCAGCAUGAUAUGCACACGUGACUUCUACCUUCUAAUGCCAUAAAAACACUGCCUCUUCCACAAACGGAACCGCCGCUCAGAGACUCGGACGGGAAGCGCCCUCCUGUCGCGGCGCCGGCCUCCGCUGGAUUCCUGUACAGCUUUCAGUUCCACGGCGGAGUUUCUGGUCGUUGUAAAGUACGUUUCUGUGGUCUGUGGAGUUUGUCCGGUGUCCCUAAUUCAACCCCACCCCACCCCGACGCUGGCGACUGAUCUGUUCAAAAUCCCCCGAAGCCGUCAGCUCUGCCUUACUGACCGUGACGGCGAGCGUCCGGCCCGACCGGCAAACAUGAGACGCUGUGGACAAACAUCUGAUCAGUCCGCAGCGUUGCCGUGCAUCAUGGGAGCUCUGGUUCUGCAGGAAAAACAUCUGAACAAACGAGGAGAAACUGCUGCGGAGAAUGUUUCCUGUAUUCUGGUGGGAUUUGUAAAUAACUGCAAUUUUUUUUUAUUUUUAUGAAAAGAAAAACAAACAAACGGGUCUGUGUACGUUUAUUUUGUAUCUCACAGAAAACGUCCGUCUGACUGUUGCACAGUGGGUGUAUGAUAUCGCUGAGUGUCGUAGUCAUGAUGCAAAAGCUGGAUGUUCUUCAGAAAACAAGCAGCGGGAUGGGAGGGGCCUGAGGAGACGCCGCUGUUUUGUACAGGUUGUUUAUUUGUAUGGAAAGAAUUACUGACAAUAAACAAGGAACACGGUUGUAAACAGAA